AUACGCACGUCCAGUGUAGAACCGGCGUCGCGACGCGUCGACCGUAUGAUUAAACUGUGCCGCUGAUUAUCUCUCUUAUCCCAUAGUAAAACAGGUAAACAAUUAAAAACUAAUCUAUAAACUGAUCGGGUUUUGCGACUCCAGUGCCAAUUCACACGUGAGCGUGCGUCUAACACGCGAUCGCCCAAUUUUUGUAAAUAUUUUCAUAUCGGGGCUUUUUGGAACGAUUUCAAUUAUUAAAAAUAUGCAAACAUCGCUGUAAACAUAUUUAUUUUUCAAAGUAUUUUAAAACAUGUGAGCUAGCUGUGCAUGGAGGCCUAACUUGUGUGAGGAUUUCGAGGUUUAUUUUUUUCCACCUAUUGAAUUGAAAAAUAGUGCGUGAUUGGCGUAUCAGAUGUUAUCAGGAUUUGUAAGAUGGAAGCUUCACUGAAAAUUCACGGUCAUCUGGCAGCUAAUGGUGCAGAUAUUGGUUGAUAAAUAAAAUCAGGUCAUAAGAAAAUGUGAUCGUCUACCGAACUAAGAGCUGCGGUGGUAUUACUCUGCCCUCUGCACCCAUCUAGAAAUGGGCUGUGGCCACAGCAAAAUCAACAUUUAUCCCAGGAAGUCUAGAAAUAAAACGAAUAACAAAAAGUCAGCAACACCUGAAAAAACCGAGUCGGAGGAAGAGGACGGGGUGGAAAACGAUCUGGAAAAUAACGAAAAUAUCGAAGACUGCGAAUCAAGAAAAACAAUCAAAGUGAAGCCCUUUGGUGGACCUCUCUUAGCUCAAGCAGAAAUUUCAACAAGUCAGCAGGAUUUUUUCAAAAUGCUGGACGAGAAAAUCCAAAAUGGUCCCGACUACAACUCGGAGAGUGAGUCUGAAAAAGCGGCCGAGGCGGCCAGAUUAAGUGCGCUUCUCAAGGACUGGGAAACAGCGAGUGCCGGCUCUAGGUCCCUGCCAGCCACCCCCAAACGCCGCCCCAAGCCGCCGCUUGCAGAGAAAAUUCGUUCUGAUGGCGUGCGAUCUGCUGAAAUCGCCAGAGACGGACCUCGACCGCCGGAAAGGGGCUACGUCUCACAGAUACCACAAAGUGUGAUUCAUCAAUCGUACGGUGUAACGCAAGUACCGUAUAGACAUGUAAAUUACCCACCCCCUAGCUACAUCACCCAGAACCCUCCCCAACAAAUCUCCUACCCAUCUGCUAUGCAAUACCAAGCCAUUAGUCCAAUGUACACGAGCCAACCCACCUACCAACCUCCCCCGCCUCGGCAAUACCCCAGCUAUAACCAGCAUGGGAGCCCCAUCAAAACCUACAUGAACAAUUCACCUAAACACAUUCCUUACGACCAACCAGCUUAUAGUCCUAGUCAUAAGCUCUACGGCCCGCCUGUUGCCAAGCCAGUCUACAGCAAUGGAGAGGUGUUGCAACAGCAGUUCUACACCCAGAUGCAGUACCAGCAGUACAAGGAAGCAAGGGAUCAAGUUUUACAGAACCAACAGCCUGCAGGCUACAGAAUGCAGAGGAGUUACCAAAGCAGUGUCACCAUACCCAUAGUAGUGCAAAACCAGCAAAACGACAUGAAUGCGCUACACCGGAAGCAGUACGAACUCACGUGAUCAUAUCUGUAAAUUUUAGGACUUGCUGUUUUGUGUACCUCUUCUAGAACCAAGAACAAAUAUCUUGGUAUUUUGGACAAUACAAUCCUGAACCCUGAUUUGUUUUCUAAAUAAAGAUUGUAAAUUAAAUCUAUCGAUAGAAUUUAUUAGUAAUUUAGUGCAAAACGAGUUGAUUUGUUACUUGAGUGUUGAACAAAGUAAUAAAAUUUUAUCGGUUCGUGGUAAAAAUAGCGCGGAAAGAUAAUCAAUUGAUUUACACACUUCAACACCGAUGGAAAUAUAUUGAUGUAAUUAAUUGUUAAAAUGUCUGUUAGUUCAAGUUUAAGGGUGCUUCUAAUAGAAUUGUUUAAAUCCGUGGAAAAUGGUUAAAUUCAGCUAAAUAUGAUUGGUUUGAAUUUUGUCGCGCUUAAUAAGUAUCAAAUCAACUAAAACCUGUAACAAAAAUGAUAGAACAAAUAUAUAAAUAUAUACAUAACUGUUAGAUAAACUCUUUAAAAUGUGAUAUUGUAGAGCUAGAAAUACCAUUCGUGUAUAAAUGUUUCAUGUGAAACGCCAAAAGGCCCGAUUUUGCUUUCAUUUCGUAUACGUACCAUCGCAAUAAGGUUCAUUUUUUAUAUUAUCAGUAUUAAAAUUGUUAAGUACCCACGCCAUAUCAAUAUUUACAAAACCAUUUUAUAGAAAAAUAUUUGUCGAGUUUAGCUUUAUGUUCUCAAUAAAAUAUGACUGCA